GGACUAACCGUCUAAUCGUAGCAAUUGUAUAUUCGAAGUAGAUUAUAUUCGUGGCAAAUGACUGAUAAAGCAAUGUCGGAGUAACUACAAGUCGUGGCAUGCAACUUUCGUGGUAACUGUAGCAACCCCUAUUAUUGACAGAACAUAAAUUCAGUUCUCCGAUGCUGGUAAAAACAAAAUGUCGGACACUUAUCAGUCCCGGCCUAGGUUUCCCUUCUGGAAACCUAUGAUUCUAUGAUAAAAUCGCUUAUCAUUUCACUAACAACUGCCCACUGCCCAGUAAAAAUGAUAAUUUAUAAAAAAAAGUAAGUUUAGUUAACUUAAAACAACAAUUAUAGUAUUAAUUAUUAUAAUUAAUGUUCAGAUACCAUAGUUAUGAGUUAUUGAUUUAGUAUUUAAAUUUGGUAAUGUCAAUAUCAAGAGAAGUACUUGAAGAUGGUAGUAUUGUAGUCAGUGAGUUGCCUAAUGAUACAGAAGCAGCAAUAAGGUAUAUACGAUCUGUAUUACCUACUGCUAUAAAAAACAAUUAUAAGUAUCCGCCUAUUGUAUUUAUUCAUCAACUUUAUGAUAUUAUAAACGACAAAGCAUUGGUUAACAGACAACUGAAUGAAUUACAAAAUUUGGGAAAAAUACAACAGUUUACUAUUGGUGUUACUGAUUAUCCAACAGCCUUAUUAUUAUAUGAAGAUUACACUAGUUACACAUUAAAAACAUAUUCUGAUAACCAUUGUGUAAAAAAAUUUUUAAAAGAUACUUUACUGAAUUUAAAAUCAUUUGGAGUGGAGAAAAUUACAUUAAGACAAAAAUUAAAAUUGCAACUACAUGAGAUAACAGAACUAGUCAACUGUGGAUUGUUAUUAAUAAGGAACCAAGAGUCUUAUUGGAUAUCAUUUCCGUUUUCUGGAAGGUUUAUUAGAAAAUAUACUGAAGGUCGGAAAUAUAUUUUACAAAUAAUAAAACGUCGAAAAUUUCAUGAAAUACUGGAAAGUGAUUUAGAAUACCGAUGUGCUAAAGUGCCAAAAUUAAAAGAAUUUGGAUUUAAAUAUUUUUUACAUGACAUCAAGGGGUCAAAUGACAUUAAAAUGAUUAACACAACAUCAGGAUGCCUAUUGAGAAUGUCUUGACAGAUAGAAUAAUAUAAUACAAGGCGAAUUAUGAGAAAAAAUUAUACAUUUUGAAGACGUUUUUGAUGUAUAAUAUAAACUAGAAUAAAAUAAUAUUUGUAUUACUUAUAGAAUGUAUAUUUAUCACACAUA